AUGACUGACGAAUGUCCAUCAGCUGCCGAUUUGGCCACGGUUUUUCGCAAACUUCGGUCUUUGACUGCCAAUAAGGUAAGGAAUUUUUUGGAAGUUUAUUAGUUUAGGGCUUCCGACAUCAGAGAUACGAAGUUAUUUGUAUUUUUGAUGUACGAUGGCUUAUAUAAACCUAAAUAUGAAUGUUUUUAUCUGUUUUUGAGUGAUUUUGUAUCUUAUUUAUAGAGAAACGUCUUGGUUAACAUACUAAAAUUAUUUUUCAAUAAUAUUCUUAAAAGAAGCUUCAUUUUUUCAGAUUUGUUUUGAUUGUGGUGCUAGAAAUCCAACAUGGUCGUCUGUAACAUACGGAGUAUUUAUAUGCAUAGAUUGUUCUGCCACGCAUAGAAACCUUGGAGUCCAUAUAACAUUUGUUAGGUCAACGAAUUUGGACACUAACUGGACAUGGCUUCAGCUUAGAGCAAUGCAAGUUGGAGGUAAUGGCAAUGCUGUAAGUUUAUUUAAUUUUUUUUGGUUUUUAGGUAAUAAAGUGGGUGCUGAGGUUAGAAAACUAUAAAUUUGUUCGUUUUUUUGAGGAAAAUUUGCUUAUCAUGAACAUUAUUAGGUGGAUUAAUAAUAAUAUUACACAAUUUCAGACGACUUUCUUCAAAAAACACGGUGUAGACACUUCUGAUGCUCAAAGGAAGUACAAGAGUCGAGCGGCUACGCUUUAUAAGGUAAUAACUUACAUAAAUCAAAGGAGAAAAUUUACGUAGUUUUUUUUCUGAAAUAUACAUAUUUAACCAUUUCGGUUAACAAUUUUAAAUUUUAGAACAAACUGAUAGAACUGGCAACUCAAGCGCAACGUCAAAAUGGGACUAAGCUAUGGAUUGAUACAGAAGCUGUUGAUUCUGUUGAAACUCCAACUAAAGAAGACUUCUUUGAACAAGAGUUUGCUUCAAACAAGCCUGAAGCUGUAAUGUCAAACGAAAGUUAUGCUGCGGCUUCGCUUGACGAGUCUGACAAGUUGACCAACUUCUCUGCCGCUCCAGUUGUUAAAAAGCCUAUUAAGAAGAUUACUGUAAGUUUUGUGGUUUGAAAUGAUAAUUUUUGUAAUUUUAGUUUUGGGAAGUACAAUUUUUGUAAGGAAAAUAGAUUUAAGCUGAAUUUUGUUGAUGUGACUAUAAAUUUGGAUAUUUUAAGCUUGGAACAAAGAAAGGAGGUCUGGGUGCUCAGAAAAUCAAGACCAAUUUCGACGAAUUUGCUCAAAAAGCAGCGGACUUUGAUAAGGAACGAGAAGCUUUCUCGAAGUUGGCUGUUCAAGAACCAGCUCCACAACAUCAAGAGGUGGACAAAGCCAAAAUAAGUAACAAGUUCUCUGUUCAAGACAUUGCUAAACAACGGCAACAGGUUGAAAAGGUAUAUUUUUAUAAUGAUGGCUAUAUUUUAGGACUAAUGGCUAAAGGUUUUUUAAAAUUUUUUUGAAAAGUUUGUGUGUUCUGAUUAUAUUCUAGAUGUUUCGACAGUGUUGUUGUGGCAUUUUUCAUGAAACGUAAACUUUAUGUUGAGUUUUUAGAAAAUUAUGUUUGAAAAAGUGUUGUGUGUAUUAAAAAUUACUUUUGCAGAAGAUCAAGGCCGAUCCAAACAAGGCUGAUAUGUCCGAAAGACUAGGUAUUGGUGGAUUGGGCCGCGGAGGUGUCAGUCACUCAGUUGGUAUGAGAACAAUUCAACAAGAAGGUGUUACCAAAUUGUCUAAUAAGAAAAGCACAGAAUCUUUCCAGUCAGACGAAUGGGAAGUUGUCAGUGGGGAUGAUAACAAGUAAGCUUUUUAUAUGAGGUGUACAAGAAUGAACUGGCGUAUUUUUUAAAGCCAAAAGCUAGUUUUGAUACAUGAUUAGGCUUUCUUGUAUGAUAUUUAUAUACUUUGGUUUAAGGUCAAGUGGAUUGGAUGACUUGUCUGACUUACCUAAAUAUCAGAAGCCAAGAGAGGACUUCUUGGAUGCAUGGGAACGUUCUUUGCCAGCUAGGUAUGUUACAAUAUUUUUUUAAAAUUGAUGAUAUCAUCUGAGUUUUAAAAAUUACUUUUUUAUUUGUUAAAAAAAUUUUAAAAUUGUAUUUUAACUUAUUUUUUUAUAUUUUGCAUUUUAUUUUUUAGCAAAACCACUUCAUCGUACAAGUCUGCUGCUCCAUCUGCUCCAGCUGUUGAUGUAGACCCGAUGAAGAAGUUUGGAAACGCCAAAGCCAUAAGUUCAGAUAUGUACUUCGGGAAACACGAUGAUAUGGACUUUGAAACGAGAAACAAUUUGAGUCGCUUCGAAGGUCAAUCUGGCAUUGGGUCGGCGGAUUUGUUCGGCAAUGGACAACAACAACCAGCUAGCUUCUCGUACUCGGACCACGUACCAGAGAUGGCUGACAUUAAGGAUAGUGUACGACAAGGUGCUAGUAAAGUGGCCGAGAAGUUGUCGAACAUUAGCAGCUCAUUCAGUGCAUAUCUUGGGGUAAGUAUCUUGUGUUUGUGUGUUCAGCUUACUGUAACAUGAAGAUGAACGUUUGAAUGUAAAUUUUAUGUAUGUUCAUUUUACAGUAAGUUGAACAGGAUAAUAGGAUUGUGAUGUUUGUUACAAGGUGAGGUGAAACUGGUGAUGGUAGAAUAAAAGAUUAAUAUAUUUUACCAUAAGCUUUACAUAAGUUAAAGUACAACACAUAUUACAUUACUGGCUUUACCAACGUAUUAGUCAUGUAAAAUACCCUAUGUAAUUAUAUGUAAACCUAUGUGCUUAUCCUAACCCACAACUGAUUAACAACUCUUUCAGCGGACUAAUUAACCCUCGGUUGGGCGAUCCGGUUGCUGGUCGAUAAAGUAAUAUUUAGUCGAUGUGAGUCGUCGUCGAGCCCCUCCUCUUUCCGCCUACUAUCUCUGUCCUUUGUCUGUUAAUGUUUCCAAGCAUAAUUCAAUAAUCUGUUUGAACAUAAUGUUAUAUCAUCAGCUGUAGCUUGUUAAAAUUAGGGUAACACUACUUUAGCUGUAGCUAAGUAACGUUAUGAAAGAGUAUGGUAUGUAAUUUUAAAAGAUAUGGUAUGACAUUAUUUUGUAGAAGGGUGAUUUAUCUAAAUGAGUUGAAACCUUGUCUUACUGUGAUAUAAACCAUGUUUCAGGACUAA